AGCGGCGCUCUACUGGUAGCAAGGCGUGUCGGCCGGGGAUUGGGGAUACGUUUAGCAUUACGCUACUUUGCACCGAAUUGAUGUGGAAGCGAGGGCGGCGGGCCCCUGGGCGGUCAAACCGCCCGUGGACUGCGCCCAUCCUUGUCCGCUCCCACCGUUCGCUCCUCUCCUCUCUUCCUCUCUCCUUCCUUCACCCGUCCUCUAUUUCUACUCCCCAGCCCGCACUAUCCUCCCUCAAUGCUCAUCCGAUUGCCAUCCUCUCUCUCUCCCGAUCAAUAAGAAAAAGAAGAAGAAGAGAAGUAAGUCUUACGAUGGCACCCAGGGUGAAGGCUUCCAGAACCGGUGACGGAUGUGGCGGCGGCGGCGGCUGCCGAGGAGGAGGAGAUGGGAAGGGGGCGAGCUACCGGGGGGUCAGGAAGCGGCCGUGGGGGCGGUACGCGGCGGAGAUCCGGGACCCAGCCAAGAAGUGCCGCGUGUGGCUCGGCACCUUUGACACCGCCGAGGAGGCCGCGCGCGCCUACGACGCCGCCGCCCGCCGGUUCCGCGGGCCCAAGGCCAAGACAAACUUUUCCUGCCCCCCGACGACCUCGGCAGCGGGCGCGGGCGCUGGCGCGGCGUCCUCCAGCCCCAGUGUCAGCACCGUCGAGUCGUCCACCCCGCCAAGGAGGCCCUCUGUCCGCAUCCCGGCGCUGGAUCUCGGGCUCCCCCAUCCCUCCGCCCGGAUCCCAUUCGCGCACUGCGUGCCCGCCGCGGCGUGUCCGUUGGUGUUCUUCGACCCGAUCGCGGCUUCCGAGAAGGCGGCAACAAUGAUCGCUCCUCCGACGAUCGUGGCAGAGUUCAGAGAUAUCAGGGGGCCGGUGUGUGACGGGGUGGAGAGCGACUCGGACUCGUCGUCGGUGGUUGAUUGCCCUCGCUCACCGUCGGCCAGAGCGACGAAGAGGAUUUGCUUCGAUUUCGAUCUCAAUUUGCCACCUUCGCCGGAGUUCGCAAUUGCUUCGUCUUGAUAUCCAAAUCUUUAUAAAUAAUAAAAAGAAAUUUACGAGAAAUAUUAGACA